AUGGCCACCGCAGACAUGGUACGAGGUUCGAAUGGAGAGGUCCACGCAUGGUACAUCCGUCAACCGCAUCCACAGCUCCGCCGAGCUUUUGCAAUCUCUCGUCCUCUCCUUGAUGAUUCGAAUCCGGACGAGCCCAAGGUAAGAUGGUAUCAGCAACUACUACCUGGGUCAACCAAGAGACGGCGGAUAGAUCACAACAACCCAGAUGCGGAAGAGAACGACGAAGCGAGAUGGCUCAAGCGUCAGAUCAGCCAGCUGGAAGAUGAAUUACGAGAAAUGGAGGACCCGGGGGAAAAGACGAUGAUUGAGCCGCUAAUUGCGACGCUCUCACCAGAAGAUCAGCAGAAAGUCAGAGCUGCGAUAAUGCAAGAGGAGCUCGAAGAGAAGCGAAAAGAUUUAGAGGUUGCAGAGGUAAAACGCAGGCUCGCCAAGCUUGUUCCGAAGAAGAACGAGCUCGAGAUACAUUGGCAACUGCCGCCAGAACAAGGCACAUACCUCCGAACUUUGAACACGAACAUAGAAGAAGCAGCUGGCAAGCUCGAGGAUCAAGGCCUCCGAAAGAAGCUGUGGAAAUCAUACGCUCGCUGCAAAGCAGCCCUUCCUCCAUUUUUACAUCUGAUACCGGAAAAAUCAUGGACUGUUCUGUGGGCAAGCCACCACACGAUGUCGACAAAUCAUCCGCAAUGGGCUUUGCAUCUGAUCACUUUAUCGGAGGACAUGCUUUCCGCCGGGAAAGAGCUGCAUAUUUACCAGAGGAUCUUAUAUAUCGAGGGUCUGCGGCGUGAAGGACGCCACAAUGAGGCCAUCAGCCAAUGGCAAAAGCUCGAGGGUGACCUUGGAGAGGACAAGCGAGCAAUCGAAGAAUAUGAAUUGCUUGGAGUCCGCAUGUUUGCAUCCAAUGGAGACCCAGAAAGGGCCGAAAAGAUCGCGUUGGAUUAUCUGAGACCCGAAAAGUCGGAAGAUUCUCGGAUACUCAUCCCCAUACUCAGCGCGUGGGCCCAGCGUGGUGAUGCUAUUGGCAUCAAACAUGCUUGGGCUUUGUAUCUUCGCUUCAAAACGCAAGUAGGUGACAACAUGACGAUGGAGGAUUAUGACAAUAUCAGUCUGAGCCUUUUGAAUGCUGGAAGGGCAGACCUCGCUCUGGCCGUUUUCAAGGAUCUGAUGCUCACUGGGGAGCAUACCGAUCAGGGGUCCAUCGAGCUCUACAGAAAGGCUGCCAGUCUUAUUGGCACGUCACAGUCGAGUACUAUAACUCCAGAAGAUCUUAACAAGAUCUCUCUAACAGGACUAAUUGCUCUACCAAGGAGGUUCCAAAACAAGUUCUUCUAUGCAAGCUGGUUGAAGAAGCUACUUGGUAUGGGCCAGGUUGAUGCAGCCGCCACUGUGAUUGAGCUGAUGUACGAGCGCGGAGUCAGACCAGAUUCUAGACAUUUGAAUGGCAUCGUUGGUGCUUGGUUGCGAACUGGGAACGACAAAGAUAGAGAGAUGGCGGAGGAGAUGGCUUGGGCCAUGAUACAUGAGAGACUCGAUCUCGUCAAUAGACGUGCACAUCGCGAUGCCUUCAAUACCCCAGAUAUGCCCAACGUUAAAGGUAUCACUGUACCUCCACACCUCAGACGUACCAUCUCACCUGCAAACAUCGAAACAUUUGCUUUGCUUCUCCAACAUUACGGGCGGAGAGGUCAGGAUGACAAUGUACAACUGAUGCAAAAAUGCCUUGCCGUGGCUGAAAUACCGCCCAACUCCUAUUUUAUCAAUCAUCUACUCUACGUUGAUCUACGAAAAGGGCAGCACCAAUCAGCGUGGGAAAGGUAUGAGCUAAUGUUCCGCAAAACACGACCAGAUCUAGAAACAUUCGCUUGUCUUUGGGACUGUGAGAAAGCGCAUCUCGACAGCCUCCUGAUACGUGCCAAGGAUAGAUUCCCGGGACCCCGGAGAUUGAUGUCAGACAUGAUGAACUGGUACUCAUUACUGCAACCUGGAGAAAUCGGACUGGUCCGAGAGGACUUCAGCAAAGAGCUGUACAACCAGAUCAUCCGCUGCCUCGGCCAAACUGCUGACCUGGAAGGACUCAUAGCGGCGCUUUACGCUAUGAAAGAGUCGUUCGGGAUAUACCCCGACGCAGAGACCACUCGCACGGUCAGCGUCCAGGUCGGUCGUCUAGGGAUCGGUGAAGACAAGAGGCCAAGGGCUGGGCGCCUAAGAAAGGGAAAUACUCAGAGGAGAGCCAAUGCCGCUAGAAUAGCGCAAGCCUUUUCUCUCUUGGCUGAGCAACGGGAGAAAUUCUUGGCAGAGGCCGGAUUGGAUGAUGUGCAGCAGUGUGAUGCAGAUAUCCAGAAGGAAGAGGGGUUGUUCAUCUUAGCGGAAUUCCUUCGGGCAAUUUUGCGGAGGACGACUAUGGAUGAGGAUGCCGUGGAGGCUAACAUAGAGAAGGCUGCAUGGGAGAUGGGCGUUAGCGGUGUACGGAUGGAGGACCCUCUCCCUUCAUACGAUAUCGAGCUGAGCUCCAGAUCCACCGCGUACAUCCCUCCCCGUGCUUAUGUUGGGUGGGUCAGAGAGCUUCAGAAGGUUGGAGAGCCCCAGCAGCCGCAAGGCGGUCCGGAAUUGAGGUCAUGGUCCAAAAUCAGCAUACAGCAUCUGCAGCAACUCCAGGUCCUCGGUGGACAGGCAGUCGUUCAGCGACUGUGGAAAACGUACUUCAAGGUUGAAGUCGUGGCUCUGGGCCUCUCUAAAGAAUUGAUCAUGAAUGUCAUCGGACUCUAUCGCGAGUAG